GGCAUAUCAAGGUGGCUCUGCAACUUCUAAGUACGUACUUUCAAAAAGCUUCUCGUUGAUCUUAUGUAUCUGUGGGUCCAUCAUGUCAAAGCAGGCGAGAUAUGCGUUAUCCUUGUCUAGCCGUAUGUCGGGUUUCUGCCUUUUGCAAAUGGACGAGAUACGAGUGUGAGUGCAAAGCAUAAUACUUCCCUCGCGAUAUUCAGAUCGGUGGUUGUCGCCGGAAACAUCGUUUGAACUGCGAGUGUCGUGCCCUCUUCUGUCGAUUUAUUGUUUUUUUUACGUCCCAUCUCUUGAGCUACAACUGUAGUAGUUUUUUUUCUUGAAAGCUUGGUGUCUCUGCUUGUGCGCACAUCGAAUCAUUUGCGGCUCAAGAGACAAGAAGAUGUCGUUCAAAACAAGAUUCUUGUGGACUUUGGCGGGCGCUACUUCCGCUAACAACGUUCGCGGUCCUUUGAGCGCUCAUCUGAUGAACGAACAGACUCCUGGCGCAGGAGAGACGAAUGCUCGAGCUAGCUACCUGCGAUCCGCUGAUGAGAUGCUUGUCGACUCAAUGACCAGCGUAUCCAUGCCGCCUCCCGAGCGCCAACGCAACGAUGGCAUGCGCGAAAUGGUAUUGGGGAUGACGCAUUCACCGCGUCCGCACACGGGGUCUAAAGUCUCAGCGGUGGUAAAAGCAUGUGCAAAGGACUUCGAUUCCUGUCCAGCUGGUUUUACGGCUACCUCUACUUCUGGUGAGACUACUAGGGGAUCAUCCUGCAUUGCAACCGCAGCUUACCGAGGACCUUGCCGUGGUGGGCCUUACGCAUUCGGAAAAAUGGACUUGGCGGCAAAGAUGCGCUUCGAACAACAGUGUCAAGCCAAAUUUCCGUGUACCUUUGCUGCUCGUGACUACUCUCAGCCGUGUCCGCUCGGAUUCGAAUCCACACCCGAUAAUCAGUGCAGACCGACGGCAGCCUAUGAGGGACCGUGCACGCGUGGUCCCUUCAGCUUUCGUGGAUACAACGCAAAAAUGAAGGUCAAUUUCGAAAACCGGUGCGAAGCGUUUUGGCCAUUGGCCGGGCAUGCUGCUCGCUGA